AUGUCUCAACAGAACGCUGUCGAGGCCCUGCUGGCGCGCCUGCAGAUGGGGGACACGAUUCCUGCCUUUCAGUCCAUGGGAGUGGACCGUAUCGUAUCUCUGCGCAAGAUGUCAGAGGAGGCCUUGCGCCAGGCCGUCCCGGACCCUGAGCAGCGCCAGGCGCUGAUGGACGCUAUCGAAAGUCGUGGUCACCUGCAAUCGCGUCGCGCUGGCCCGCCGGCGGGCCAGCCGCACCCCCCUCGCAGUGCCGAUGCUGACUUUUCCCGCGGCGGCAACGAUGAGGGCCGCGGUGGUUAUGCGCCACGUGGUGACCGUGGUGGCCGCGCUGUCCGCGGUGGGCGCGGUGGCGGUCGUGGCGCCGGCCCGCUGAACGGCGACGACGCGGCUCGUGUGUGCCGCCACGUCUUCACGCCAGAGGGGUGCAAGUAUGGCGACAAGUGCCGCUAUAGCCACGACGAGAAUGACCGCCGCCGCGCGCAGGAUGUGCCGACGGGCAGCGGUAUGGCGCAGCGCUCUCUGGAGCGCCCGCCACCGAAUUUCAAGUUUUCGAUCGAGGUCGAGAUCCCGACAGAGCGCAUCAAGUACCUCCUGGGCUCUCAGGGCAACAACAUGAAGUUCAUUAAUGAAACGUGCGGCACGUACAACGAGCGCUUCGACCACGUGGACGAGAAGGAGGAGACAUUCACGAUCCGCAUACUCGGCGGCAGCGAGGAGGCAGUCAACAAGGCGAAGGAGAUGCUACUGCUGUCUGCCGGCGUGAAGCGCGAGGAGGAGAAGAAGGACCGUUUCCAGUACGCCGUGAACGAGCUGGACGCGAACACGCACGCCGCUCGCCUGUUCGCAGCCUGCAACACCAAGAACAAAGACACCACACGUCACCUGUCCGACUCCAUCAUGCGUAACAUCGUCUCCAGCUUCCACUUUGUUCGCCCGCAGGAGGUGCGUCACUUCUACAUGUACACCUCCAGUAGCGACAAGGACAAGCUCGAGAUGGUGAGCAAGAUCGUGUCGCAGCUGAAGGGCGUGCAAGCGAUUCUCUUCUGCGACCAGAAGCGUGUGGAGGAGAUGUGCAAGGGCUCGCAGCGUAUCGCGCGCCACUUCAACGGUGUGGAGCCGCAGUUUGUGUACCGCCAGCUGUCCAAGGAGGAUCGCAUGAUGGCACUGGAGAGGUUCAAGAAGGGUGUUGAGAACGAGAACGGCGUGCGUCAGCGUCUGCUGGUCACGAACGAGGAUUACGCCAAGCUGGCUCGCAAGACCAUCGUUCCGUACGUGAAUCUUGUCAUCAACUUCUCCGUUCCGCGCGCUGAGGAAUACUACGUCCUGCAGUCGCAGGUCGCAGGCCGUCAGGGCACUAUCGGUGCAUCAUUCCUGUGUGUUAGCAACUACGAAGAGGCCCUUUUCCGCGAGCUGGAGAAGAACAUCCAGUUUGAGCGCUUCGAGGACGAGGAGCACUUCCGCACGACGGCGGUGGAGCUGUCGUACGACACGGCUGCGCAGCCGCUGACGCCGGAGGACGCUGAUCCGCCGGCGGACUGGCGCGAGCACCUGAACGACAAGAAGCCGCGCCAGAACUUCGGAAAGCGUCGGUAG